GAAUAAAAAUUUAUAAAAAGAUUUAGCUUAAAAUAAAAAUAUUAAUAUGCAAAUAUCUACUGAUAUGAAUUUAUAAAAUGAAAUCUUAGUUGUUUAAUAUUAAGAAGAUAGUUUAUAUUACUUUGAUUUAUAAAAAUAGUUUACAACAAUAGAUGAAGCAUAUAAAUUUAUAGAAAAUACUAAUUUAAAUGAAGAAAAUUUCUAAAAUUUUAGGGUAGCCAUAAAAUCAAACGAAUAUCAUGUAGAUUUUAUCAAUGAAAUAUAAAACUCAUGGCAAAAUUAAAUCGAAGCUAAGAAAAAAGAUAAAUACUUUUAAUAGGAAGAAGAAGAAGAAAAGUAUGUCUUCAAUUUACACUUUUAAAGCUUAACCUUAUAGAUGAUCCAAAAUUUAGAAUCCUUUUUGAUAAAAAUUACAGAAAAUGUAAAUUUUAUUGAGUGUCUUUAUAAUCCAACCAAAAUAAUAAUAAAUAAUUUAAAAUAAAUUAAAAUGUAAGAAUUCUUUUUAAUAUUUAACUAUAUAAAUAGUAUAGCAAACUCGAUUGCAUAUUCUAAAUAAAUAAAAAUAAUUUAAAAUCUGUUUGAUAAGUGUCCAUCUACAAUUAAUGUUGAUAAUUUGAAUAUAGAAACCUCACUUAUAUCAACACUUAGUAGAUAACUUUAAACAUUAAUUUUGAUGAUAGUGAUGCAGAAUAACAGCUUUUUGAGUUUAAAGUAAAACUCUAGCUUUGUUUUCCUGAAAAAUUCUUAAAACUUUAUGUGAAAAAAAGUUAAGUAUUGGAGGAGCACUUUUUACAAUAUGAGUUUUUUAACAAAUCCUUAAUAUUUUUAGAUUAAAAUAGAAAGAAAUUAUUGGCAUCUUUUCUUCCUAACUAUGUUGAUUACAGUUUUUAUUUAGUUUUAUCUUAGGCGCGCAUUUCUGAAUAAGUUAUAGACCGAAUUUUAUCAGAAGAUUAACUAAAAUUGUAUCUAGCAUUAUUUAAUAAACUUUGUCUUUAAAAUAUACUUUAGAACAGUUUUUAUGUAAUAAUGUACGAUCUCUAUCUUGAUAUAUGAUUAAAUUUUAACCUAAUA